UAUAAUAGACGUCAGUUGAAGGCUUGUUUUGGAGAAAGUGAACGUUUUAGCAUAACGUUAGCUAGAUAGCAAGCUAAAUGCUUAUUUUGUCAAAUAAUAACAGUAUUUGUUACUUAAUAGCUUGUGGGGCGUGAUUUAGCCAUUUCUAAAGGUUGCCAUAAGGCUGAAAUAUGGUGCGUUGGGAUGCUAUCGGAAACUUGAACAUUGGUAACAAGCAUGAUGUUGUCCUCCCGUAUUGGCAGCUGGGAUGUGCCACGGCGGAACUAGAAUGAUGUUAGUAGACACAAUGCUAUCCAGGCAACAUGGACCACAGGAGGCCUUUGGUGUUAUGGAGAAGACGCCACAGGGCAGGAAUUAUCAGUGUGUCACAUGCUUGAAAUGUUUUUCCGCCCCAUCCAAGCUACAGAGGCACAUCCUUUCACACACAGGACAACGACCAUUUGGGUGUCACCUCUGUGAAAAGGCAUUUCGGCAACUAGCACACCUGAAACUCCAUCUUAACACACAUCUUUAUCCAAAACGAACUGAACAGAAGAAGAUGAAUGUAAAGUCUAGCUUGCAUCCAAGUGGAUAUGAAAAUACCCCUCCAUUAAAGCUAGACAACUCAAAAGCAUGUUUGCAGACAGGCUCCUUGGACCCAGUCGGUGCAGAGGACACAUUGGAGGUAGACAUCAGGCCUACUGCACCUGUCCACAUAAUUGAGGAAAACUCUCUCUGUUCCUCUCGCUGUAUCGCUGAACUAUAUCCCCCACACUCCGAGGUCGAAAGGUUUGAGAAGCAGCACACAGAAGAGGAGCCAAUCAGGGACCACGAUGACUGGAGUGAACCUGAGAAACAGACACUGGAUGAGGAUAGAUCCUCCAGAGAUGAAACAGUGGACAAACAUACAAAAAUAAUUGAGAAUUCAAACUCUCAUAAAUGCCCUGAGUGUUUUAAGUGCUUCAGCGCACCGUCCAAAUUAAAGAGGCACUGCCUGAUUCACACAGGCCAGAAACCAUUUCAGUGCUACCUAUGCCGUCGUGCUUUUAGGCAGCUGGCCCAUCUUAAGGUACACUACAGCAUUCACUCAGGGGUCGCCAAGUCUAGAAGUCUCAAAUCUUUCUCUCAACCCCAGAGGUCAAAACCCUGGCCAAGGAACUAUCCAUGUAACAUUUGUGGCAGGAGAUUUAAACAGAAGAGACAUUUGAUAGUCCACCAGCGAACUCAUCAAGAUCCAGAUACUGCUGUGCACCCUGAUAAGUUAGAUAAUACGAGUAAGGCCUGCCUUCCAACUCACACUGACCAUGCAUCCCAAGUAGAUUUCUCAAACUCUGAAAAUGCUAUAGUGUACAAUACAGAGCUGAAUGAAAAGAGUCAAAUACAUGUUGUUGAAGGUUUAGACAGCUUAUCUGAAGAAUGGCAUAACAGUGCAAAGCAUGCGUCACAGGACAUUGACCUCACUCGCUCCUCAGACAGAAACAAUAAGCCAUCUGUGUCUAAUCGCACUGACCGUACAAACACAGGUAAGGUAAGGGAAAAUCAGUGCAUGCUGUGCCUAAAGAAGUUUGACUAUCCCUCCAAACUCUCCCGACAUCUAUUGGUCCACAUGGACAUCAAGCCAUUCGGAUGCACCGUCUGUAGUAAGUCUUUCAGACAGCUCUGCCACUUACAGAAUCACAUGAAGGCUCACCACGUAAAAAGCGACAAUGUUUUGAAAAGUGUAGAAGAUGCUCCCGACCAACCAGGGGUUAUUCUAUUAAAGGACGAGUCUGUUUCUGAGAUGAGGAGAAAUCAAAGUGAACAUUUAGACCAAGUUUCUCAACCUCAGGAAGGCAGCAGAGACAUCAGUGAUGUUGGUUGUUUUCUAAGCCAGUAUGUUCUACCUGUCAGACCUACCUUAAGUCAUUGCUCCACUGACAGUCUCUACAACUAUGGUGCUCAACAACCUACAUGGAACCCCAGUAGGAAGCUGCUACCUGGAUUGGACUGUGAUACAGUAAACAGGAAGUCUGCAGCGGAGCCUGUGUCUCUCAGACAAGGACAUAACACAGACUACACAAAUACCAGUGAUGUGUUUGAAAGCACACCAACACACCAAUCACUGGUAGGCAUAUCUAAACAAAGGAGUUGCAUCUUUCAAAACAAACCCACAAUCCAUGGCAGAGGGCGUUAUUGUUGCCCAAUUUGUUCAAAGCGCUUUGAUGCUCCAUCCAAGCUACAGCGGCAUUCCCUGAUCCAUACAGGACAGAGGUCCUAUCAGUGCCCCACUUGUCUCAAGACAUUUAGACAAAAAGCUCAUCUGAAGGUGCACCAGUCUGUUCAUGAACAAAGGAAAGAGGCUAAACCCUCUACUAGUCAUAGUGAAGACCGAGAGACCAAGUCUUUCUCAAGACCAAAAAGGACCCCAUCUUCAAAUGAAAAGGACAUAGUCUUCUGUAAUAGGAGUCAGAAGACAACACGUGACAGUGAUGUCUCUGCUGUCCUUCCAACUCAAUCCGACUGCCCCCUGACAAACAACGACAACAGCCCACCACCGCCUUCUGUUGCACCUAGGAAAUUGGGGGGGUACCAGUGCAUGGCCUGUCUAAAGAAGUUUGACUAUCCUUCUAAACUCUCCCGACAUCUAUUGGUCCACAUGGGCAUCAAGCCUUUCAGAUGUGCCGUCUGUAGUAAGUCCUUCAGACAGCUCUGCCACCUACAGUCUCACAUGAAGGUCCACAAUAGUAAGACCACACUGCAUGAGGAUGGUCAACAGAGGAACAUUAACUUGGCUCAACUGGACAACAUUCCCCCUGAGGCUGGGGUUGUUUCGGAGGGACACAUCUUUGCAGCAAGUCUUCAUCCAGAUGAACCAGGCCCAAGUCAAACUUUUGGAAAUAACAUACAAAAUAGUAAUGGUGGUGAAUCCUUAUCUCACUACUGUUCAACAGAAAGCACGAACCAAUCAACAGAAAUCAUCAGAAAGAAUGAAACAACCCCAACCCCUGAACAGUCAGAAGACAUAAAAAGCAUGAAGUCAGAAAAUAACUGCCUAGUGGAGCAGAAAUGUAUCUCGCCUCCUCAACUGACAAAGAGCACUUGGAAUAUUGCUGAAGAGAAACAUGUGGACAAGUUUCCCUCGGAUGAAUAUUAUGGACAGCAAAACCACCCCCUGAUUCCCAACUGGUUAAACCCCUAUCCAUAUCACCAAGAAACCGCAAAUAACAAACAGACAUAUCCAAUUGCUACCCACCGUCUUCCUUACCUGGAGGAACCAGGACCCAGCCACAGUGACCAACCGGAAAUACCAGUUGAUGUGAAUCACAAGUUAAAUCUGUAUCAAUGCCCUUUAGAAUCUCCUAGCACUAAUUCACAAUAUGGAGCUAAAGAGGAGGAAAGGUUGGAGGUUGGGCUUAGGUCAGAGUUUAAUGUUACAUACAAGUCGGAACCUCCCAACGACCUUCACGGCUGCCCAGACUGUAGUCAGUGUUUUACCACCAAGGGGAAACUGAAUCAUCACAGGUGUUCUCCAAGACAUUCAGCUGAAGAGAGGCAGGCGAGCUCAUAUCGGUGUGCUAUCUGCUUCAAAAGCUUCGAGGCUCCCUCGAAAUUGAAAAGACACUAUGUUAUCCACACAGGCCAGAGGCCGUUUCAGUGUACCGUGUGUGGAAAGUCUUUCACCCAGGCAGGCCAUUUGAAGACACACCUGCAAACCCACAGGUAAAAGACUUGGGACAUUCACCUACUUACGGUAUAACGACUCUAAUCACAGUUCUCCACACACUCGUAUCUUACUUAUAUUUACCAUUCUCCUCUACUCUCCAACAUUAGCUUUUUGAACUGCAGAAUAUACCUUUUUAUUAUGUAUAUUUUUCUGCCUUUCUAUUCUGUCUUAUUUUCUUGAAGUGGCUUUUAUAGAUGGUGUUAUAUGGUUUAAUGACUUUGUACUAUACAGUAAUGUACGUGUGGUGUAUUAAUUGGUUUCAACAAUCUGCCUAUUUACAGUGUGAUAUUGCAUGUUUGUGUUGCCUGCAUUAUGAAUAUGUAAAUAUGACAGCAGUCGGUACUUCUGUUUCACACACAAAGUAUACACUAAUGCAAAUGUGUCUUUAUUGCAACACUCUGGCUGGCCAUGGCAUUAUGGUGCUAGUUGGUUAUAGCUAAAACAAUAUACAUUUUGGGUAGGUCUUGUUAUUGGAACUGAGAUAGGCAUUAUUUAUUUUGAGAUGGUAGGAUCAACGCCAUCAGAUAACUUGGGAAGUCGUUUCAUUGUGGCUUGCAGUACCACCUGUUCACACAAGAUGGCAUCAUGUCUAUGUGUUUUGGUUGGUUGAGAUGCGGUUGGGGGGACACUUCAGUGUGAAAUAAACUCUUUUUUUACAUGGUACAUUUUCUGUUUGACAUUUAGAUAGAAAAUCAUACUGAUUUAUGAAUGUGUACUCAUUUGAAGUGUUCGAACUGUCUUUAAUCCUGAUGUAAAGGUUCUGAAAAAUGUUGAGGAUCUUAAAGAGUAGACUACCUAAGCUGGCAGGCCAUGACAAGAUAAAAAGCUCAUUGACCUGUUAGGGAUUUGUGGAGUACGGAUUACGGGGAUGAUUUCCCCCUAAAACCAUUCAAGAUUCAAGCUGUUUCUUCUUUAACCCUCCUGCUGUGUUCUGGUCGAAUUGGACCGAUUUACAAGUUUUCUCUGAAAAAUGUAGCUCAUUUAAUCUGUUUGUCAUAUAAGGUUCCAUGACUUUGUCCACACAGGGCAUCUGAACACACAAAAUACAUUUUGAUGAUUUUCAUUACAUUUUGGGUGUUUUAUUUACCUUUUGUACACCUGUGAUGUUACCAGUCAUUGACCGGUCAUUAGAAAUGAAUGUAUGACACUACAAUUAGUGUAUAAAACUGAGCUCAGUCACAUGCCCAUUCAUCAGAUGGAUACACUUCCUCUCCCAGACCCCCACAUGCAUGUGUGUUUGAGCACACACACACACACCUCACUCCCUAUUCUUGGCUUCCAUGGCAACCCCCACGGGAACCUUUCCCCAAUAGAAUCUUUCCACCACGGGAACCACACCUGUUGGCAUUCUCACAAACAAUCGCUACAUUGUUUCCAUAAUAUAUAGAACUUUUCUAGCAGCUCUGGUAUAUAAAGCUUUUUUGAGGCCUUGCUCACAAUUCAUUCUGUGGCAGCACAAUGACCAAUCGAUAUACUGUAUGUGAGGCUCUUGAUCAUAUCUUUGAUCAUGACACUGGUGAGGAGGAGAGAGUCCUUGUUUAACUUUGACACAAAGUAGUCUGUGAUAAAUAGCACAAUAUGUUUCAUCUGAGUAUUUGUUAUAGUCAAAUUAAUCCAUACAUUAUGCUUUUUUUAAACUCAAAAACGAGUUGUAUGUGCUCAAGUCAAUGAGGCCUACAGGCCAUACAUAGCAAAUAGAAGUUCAAAACUUGUAAUGUUCACAAGAACCUAUGUUGAUAAAAAGAUCUAACACAACAUUAGGUGAAAAUAUAUGUAUUAUUAUGGAUUUAUAAUCAGCUAUAAUGGGGCGGUCAUUUUGGACCGGGAACACAGAAUGAAUUAACAUGAAACGAACACAACAGGAGGGUUAAGAGUUUCACAAGAUGUUAUAUUAUGUUAAGUAUAUUAUAUUGUAUGCAGUUCUACUGUAUAUGCAAAUAAAUCAUAGAAGUUUUAUCCAAA